CCGGGGAGCGGUGGCCGCCGCCGCGUCGGCCGGGCUGCUUCCCACCCCGCCCCCCGCAGCUCUGGGUGACGCUUCUCCAAUAACAGCUCGCGGGGAGCCGCAGCUCCGGGCUCAGCCAGCGCCGGGCGCCCCUCCGAGCCAGCCCGCCCGCCUCGCCGCCACCAUGAGGGCCGAGGGAUACGGCGGCCUGGAGCGCUUCAGCAGCCCGGGCAAGGGCCGGGGGCUGCGGGCCCUGCAGCCCUUCCAGGUGGGGGACUUGCUCUUCUCCUGCCCGGCCUACGCCUACGUGCUCACGGUCAACGAGAGGGGCAACCACUGCGAACACUGCUUCGCCAGGAAAGAAGGAUUGUCCAAAUGUGGAAGAUGCAAGCAGGCAUUUUACUGCAAUGUGGAGUGUCAGAAAGAAGAUUGGCCCAUGCACAAGCUGGAAUGUUCUGCCAUGGUUGUUUUUGGGGAAAACUGGAAUCCCUCAGAGACUGUAAGGCUCACUGCAAGGAUUCUGGCCAAACAGAAAAGCCACCCAGAGAGAACACCUUCAGAGAAAUUGUUAGCUGUGAAGGAGUUUGAAUCACAUCUGGAUAAAUUAGACAAUGAGAAGAAGAAUUUGAUUCAGAGUGAUGUUUCUGCUCUCCAUCACUUUUACUCCAAGCACCUCGAAUUUCCUGACCACGAGAGCCUGUUAGCUCUCUUCGCACAGGUUAACUGUAAUGGCUUCACAAUUGAAGAUGAAGAACUUUCUCAUCUGGGAUCAGCAAUAUUUCCUGAUGUUGCGUUGAUGAAUCAUAGUUGUUGCCCCAAUGUCAUUGUGACCUACAAGGGGACCCUGGCAGAAGUAAGAGCGGUACAGGAAAUCAACCUAGGAGAGGAGGUUUUUACCAGCUACAUUGACCUCCUGUACCCAACGGAAGAUAGGAAUGACCGGUUAAGAGACUCCUAUUUCUUUACGUGUGAAUGCCAGGAGUGUACCACCAAGGACAAGGAUAAGGCCAAGGUGGAAAUCCGGAAGCUCAAUGAUGCCCCAAAGGCAGAAACCAUCCGUGACAUGGUCAGAUACGCACGCAAUGUCAUCGAGGAGUUCCGGAGGGCCAAGCACUACAAUAAGCAUUAUCCUUUGUACUCCCUCAACGUGGCCUCCAUGUGGUUGAAGCUAGGAAGACUCUAUAUGGGCCUGGAAAACAAAGCUGCGGGAGAGAAAGCCCUGAGGAAGGCCAUUGCAAUCAUGGAAGUAGCUCACGGCAAAGAUCAUCCAUACAUUUCUGAGAUCAAGCAAGAAAUUGAAAGCCACUGAAACGAUGCCAACAUGGUCGCUUUUACUUAAAUGCUAGUGCAGAAACGUUCAAGGAUUUGAAUAUUUCAAAUCAUGUACAUCACUCCAGCAUUUCUGUAAAAUCACUGCAAUAAAAACAUUGUUUGCACUUAAACCUUACACAUGGCUUACGUGGACUUGGUCUUACUCUUUAACCUUAAUAUCAAGUUAAUUUUGAAUGUGUUUUUUUUUUUUUCUCUAAGAGAUAAUGUCCUGGUUUCAUAUAUUAUGCUUUGGACAGAUUGAGUUUUAAAUAUGCCAUUAUUUUCCCCUUCAUGCCUAUUGUAAUGUUCUGAGAAAACCUGAAUGAUGAAAGAGAAUAAAAAAGGUAAUAGUAUUUGAAGUUUGUGUUUCCUGUCUGUGGCGAGGGUUUCAAAGAGGUGGUGGGAGCUGGGUCACAUCUGUUCUCCCUCAGUCAAUAAGGCCUCCCCCAGGAGGCGGGGUCAGGAGGCCUCUUUAGCUUGCGGUUGAUUUCAGGGUACAGUGCCUAUGGAGGAAGAAAGAGGGAAGGUGCAAGAAAGGAACCAAGGUACCUGUGGGGGAGAAGAGUUAAGUGACCUGGGUGCCCCUCCCUGGCAGGAGAAUGUGUCAGUUUCUCCCUUCAAGGCAUAAAGGUGCUUCAGGCACACUUCCCUCAUCUGUCUGAAAGCAGACUUUGCAGCUCUCAUUCUGUUUCUUGUUCUCUGCAAUACUCUCCUUGUCUGGAAACACUCCAGGGGAACUUUGAGAAGAAAAAAAUUUUUCCUUACCAACUCUGUGUUGUUGAGCAAACACUGGUCUCUCCCUGCGCGCGGCCAGCAGGAACCCAGCUUCCCCAUAGCCUGGAAGGUAGCAACCUGGGAAUUGUUUAUUAGCAACCGCUGCAAGGAAGCACAGGCCCAGAACCAGGCAUGCUCCGGG